ACACUCCCUCCUAAGAAAGAUGCAUAGAAAUAUCUUCAAUCUUUGCUUCUUUUUCAGCCAGGUUGUUACAUUUCUCAAAUCCAAUCCUACUGCGUACUCCCUUCUAAAAUCAUUCUUCGUCUCCCAGCUUCGCUAUCCUCAUUCCCCCUCUCCGUUCCGAAAAUUUUGGUACUAAGUGGGACUGGGUGGACCCUCAAGUCUUAAACACACAGUCCUCCAACCUCAACCCUUUCAACUUCCUUCAACCCACACUUGAUCCCUCUACUGUUUCAUUUCUACCUUGCACUCCCUCUGAGCGCGUUUGUUUCUCAACCCUUCAUCUCCAUGAUCAUAACCAUGAUUUCUUCUACCUCUAUGAGAUCAUCUUCACCCACUUCGGUCUCAGACUUCCUUUCUCCGAUUUCCAACUUCAAUGUCGCUCCCACUCAACUUCACCCCGAAGCUUCGAGAAUCUCUGUCAAUCCUUUCGUCUUGCUCCCAGUGUUGCCGCUUUCUUCUACUUCUUUCAGGUAGUUAAAGAUAAGGAAAAGAUGAGUUGGGUUUCCAUUCGUGCGCAUGAAGGACAAACCAAAAUCCUUGUUUUCGAACCAGUUCUUCCGAGUUGAAGGUAGAAGGUGAAAACAAGAAGCCAAAGUUUCCACUGUACUGGACUCGGAUGAUACAGUCUCCCAAACCACCUCAAUGUUCAAGCUUGUCUCCUUGGGAGAAAGACUUGGUUGAUAAACUCCAAAGAUUGAAAGAACCACUCCAAUGUGCCUUUUACUUUUCCCUUAACACCAAAAUAAGCCCUUUGCAUGUCCCUAACUCAAAACAGGUAGUUGAAGUGGCAGGGGGAGUUGAAAAGAGGAAGCAGUUUGUCACAUCUACCCCUGAGCAGAGGAAAAAUCAACGGGUGUUGGUGGAGAAUAGUCCUACUCCUACUCCUCCUCAUUUGUGUGGUUUUGAAGGGGACGGAGCAGGGCUUCCCUCCUGCGUCCAGGGUCACGCAUUGGAUUCCAAUGGUCUCAUCAGCCACAGCAUGGGACACAUGGAUCUCUGUAGCUUUCUGCAGGGACUAUUUCAGCAAGGCAUCAUGGGUGUUAAGUUAUUCGUUGAGAAAAUGGAAGUGAUUCGGAAACAGGUGUCCGAACUUGAAUCUGAGCUGAAUGAGGAGAGAAGCGUCAGAAAGAAAGCUGAGGGGAAGGUAGCAGAAAUGGAAAAGGAGCUUGCUCGGUGUGAAGGGGAGCCUGCCUCCGCAAGAAGAGAUUGUGAAGCACUGAUGAAAUCCAGCAAGUCUUGACAAGAUGGACUCCUACUACCACCACCAGUCAAAGAGAUUAGAGGCCUAAUGAAAAGCCUUAUAUCGUUAUUUUGUAGAAAGACCAUGGUUUUACUUAUUUAUUUUUGAAAGAAAGAAUUGUUCAAAAAUGAUUUGAUGGCAAGUAUGGCCUGUCUGAAUAUGUAAUAUGUUAGUUGCCACAUUCUAGUUGAGACAUCUAAUGCUGUUACUAUGGAGGAUUUGUAUCAUCUGUGGCAUCUCGUGCUGGACAAUGAUGACAAAUCGCUCCUAAUAUGUCGAGUUUUAUUCCCUGCUUCGUUUUCAAAUUGACAUGCUCUGAUGCAAUUGAAGUUUGUGUCAAUAUAAGGUCUUGUGUUUUCUUGCAACUUAUCACUUCAGAUAGAUAACAUAACAUCUCCUGCCCAGUCAAGUUUGCAGUACAAUAUCUGCACAUACAAAACUUGCAAGAUUUGGAUAUGCCUAAUCCUUCAGCAAAAAACUUGUGUGAGCCUGUAUAUACCUUGACUUUGUGCAGUUUUUGUUCCUUCGUUUAUCAUGUUCUUGGUUAAAUCAAGUUCCAAACUUGUCAAUUUUUGGUCAACAAUUGAGUUUCCAAGCUAAAUGGCAUUUGC